AUGAGAGAACUUCACAAUGAGACAUUCAUGAAUUUGCGGUCACUCUUACGACUGUAAGUAUUAAAUUGGCUUUCUUAGCUUUCAAUGAUUUAGAAUUUUCCUCACAGUAUUUACCUCUAUAAGACUAGCUAGGAAGGGUAUUUCAGCGGGGAAUAUUAUUUCAGAUAAUAGCGCAUUUACAAAAAGUCGAAAGUGCAAGUUUACUUCUUGCGUCAUUCUACUGGAAAAUUUCCGGGAGAAAAUAGGAUUUCGAUCAUGCCCCUCUUCUUCAAACCUUUUCUUAGUGAAUGGGAAUGAUUUAUGCAAACGGAAAAACCGCUGUUCCUGAACUAAAUUUACUAGUCCUAAAUUUAGUUUACCAUUCGCCGGGUAGAUAAAAUGAGGUCAUCAACAACAAUCCAUAAGCCAUCGGUCAUUUAGAUAAUGAUUCAUCAAACGAGACAAUUAUAAAUGAUUCUUUGACUCCUCUACCAAAACAGUUUUUUUGGGAAAACGAUUCGUCGCAAAAAUUUAGAGCUACAUUACGGUCUGAAGACAUCCAAAGAAUGAUCCACGAUUUUAUGAAUACUACAACAAUCACGAGAAAUGUUUACAUGAACCUUGAUGCAGUAGAAAAUAUUCUUACUUCAACCGCAAAACGUUGUUUGAAAAUCAAAACAGCAUAAAAGCGACGUUGCAAAAUAUCCUCGAACAAAAAAUGGUUCGACAAAGAAUGCCGCUAUAAAAGACAUGAACUGCGGAAACUUUCUAAUCAAAACACAGAGAUCCUCUAAACAAUACCCUCAGGGAAGGGUAUCACAACGUCUUAAAGCAAUAUAAAAACCUUUUGAAACAUAAGAGAAACGAACACUAUAGCAAUAAGAUCUGUGAACUUGAAAAUACGGUCGAAAAUUGGAACAAUAAGAGCUUUUGGAACUGUUUGAAGUCAAUGGACGACAAUAUGAAGGAAACCUACACCCAUCCAAUUUCUGAAGAAAAAUGGAUGUCCCACUUCCAGUCUCUGCACUCGAAUGAACCCCUAAUGAACAGCAGGAGGCAAUUAUUAAUGAGUUGCAGAAUUCAAAGGAUAUUACAACACGAUCUCACUCCUUGGAUUACCUUAUCACUGAAAGUGAAAUUCGCACUGCAGCUGGAAAACUCAAAAACAAAAAAAUCUUCUUUUUCAGACAAAAUCAAAAACGAAAUGAUCAAAUCUAGCCUAAACGAAUUAAUGCCUGUUUAUCUAAAACUAUUUAACAGGGUACUCGACUUAGGAACUAUGCCCCAAAUGUGUUGUGAUGGCCUCAUUACACCAAUUUUUAAAUCUGGUACUAAAAGCGAUCCAUUAAACUAUACUAUAAUAUUUAACAAUUAUUCCACGAGGGCGCGUUGGAUAUGAGAUGAUAGAUAGCCAACGAGGCGCGUAGCGCCGAGUUGGCUAUAAUCAUCUCAUAUCCAACAAGCACGAGUUAUUAAAACCGCCCACAAAAUCUCGUUGAAUCUCCCCGACUAGAACAAACCGGAAAAGACAAGGGACUUCCGCUAUUCACAUGUCACACGUCUAUCAAAACUGUCAACGCGCGAACGGACUCGCCUGGACUGCAUGAAUGAAAAAUCAAAACAUUGUAGCGAUGAACAUUAGUUUUUUAAAAACUCAUGGGGAUUCUAGGAUUUCACACAGCAGAACAGCUAAAAAAACCUGGCAGAUAAUGUGAAGGAAAAGAAUUUCUAAGUGACAGCCGUCGAAAUUACUGUGAGUUUGGAUUUUCGGUGCAGUUAUAAAGUAAGAACAACGGAGAAAAACUAUUACCUCGGUCGCUUGUUAUGAAGUUGUUUUUAGCCACAAGCUGGUUUUGCUGAACGAAAAAAGAAGCUAUACCGCCGCCUCGAUUGCUCUAGUGAAUGGCUGCAUAGCCUGUAUUUGUAGCUGGUUACUUGUGAUUUAUAUUCUUGAUGUCGGAUAAACAAGCCGCAGUUACCUAUCGGCGAGUGACUCGAUCGGCGAAUGGCUUCGCGAUCAUGAAGAAACAACACUUGUCUUCUUUCGUAGCUGGUCAAGGUACUUUAGUUCCAUGUGUUUUCAUGUGUUUUUCGACAAACUUUCAAACAAGCUCUUGUGGCUUUUUUGUUUGUUUUUGUUGUUUUUCUUUCGAUGAAAUUGCAUUUCUAGUAUUCUAAGAAAUGAAUUAAAACAAUUUGCUUCGGGCGCCGUUCUAUCCUUCGCGAAAAAAAAUCUCAGUUAGCUUCCAAUUUUAAACUGACGCGUACACCGACCAUAUAUGGAGAGCAUGGUAUAAUAGCUCAUAUACCAUAACGGCUAAGCCAAUCAAAAUACUAGAAUUGCAUUAUCCAAUGAUUCAGUUUUUAAUAAAUUAUAAUAUACUUCACAAGUCUCAAAUUGGCUUUCUAGCAAAUAAUAGAACAGCAGAUCAUGUCCUCACACUUCGAACAUUAAAAAAUAUAUGCGUGUUUUGUUGACUUUAGGAAAGCCUUUAAUUCGGUUUGGCAUGAUGGGCUUCUCUAUAAGUUAUCUAAAAUCAAUGUCCAAGGAAAGUUUUAUAGUCUAAUUACGAGUCUAUACUCGAAGUCUACCUGCUCUGUCAGGAUUGGAAAUAACAGAACGCGAUCUUUACAAUACGCAAGAGGAGUGCGGCAAGGCUGCAUUUUAAGCCUUCUGCUCUUUAACUUAUACCUUAACGAUCUAGCGUUCUCAUUUGACAAUGUUUUAUCAGACCCUUUCGUGUUACCAAAUGGCACCAGACUCAACUCUCUCCUUUACGCAGAUGACUUGAUAAUAUUAUCGCGAUCCAAACUUGGUCUACAAAACUGCCUUAACGUACUAUCUUCAUAUUGCAACUUAUGGAUGCUUAGAAUAAAUCCUAAGAAAACCAAAAUAAUGAUUUUUCAACGAUGCACACGAAAAUGUGAACAUAACUUCCGCACAGGCAGUGAAGUAAUCGACGUUGUCCAAAACUAUACUUACUUAGGAACUCGCAUCAUAAUUAUCUUCCGGAAAUUUUACACUUUCGCUUGAACACCUCCGACAAAAAGCUCUUCAUGCGCUCUUCAGCCUAAGGCGGCACACGGAUUUGAAUGGUCUUAAGCCCUCACUUGCGUGUAAAAUUUUUGACUCGAUGAUUUCACCAAUUCUAACCUACAACAGUGAAGUUUUGGGGUGCUUUUGUUAAAUCAGAUUUUAAGUCCUGGGACAGCUCUGGAAUUGAAAAAAUCCAUUUGCAAUUCUGUAAACGUUAUUUACAAGUACAUAACAAGGCAUCCAACAUUGCUUGUAGAGCUGAACUCGGCAAAUCCCCCAUGAUCAUUGAUAUAAAUAAAAAGAUUCUAAAUUACUUAGACUAUCUGAUAGGUAAAGAUGAAGAUUCUAUAGUUAAACAGGCCUUACAAAUUUCAAUUGACCUUCAUCAUAACGGAAAAACUAGCUUCUACUCUAAUCUCGUGAAACUGGUUGACUACUACCAUCUAAACUAUGACUUUUCCUGUAAUUCAUUGAGUGACUCAAUAGUUAAUCGGUAUAUCGGCAUAAUGAAAAAUAAAUACGUCUCUUACUGGAAUCAGACCCUUCAACAAUCACAAAAACUCAGUUUUUAUUGUACAAUCAAAGACGACUAUAGCCCUUCGCCUACCUAGUUUUAAGAAGAAAAAACCCUUCGAGAAAAGCAUUAUUUCGAUUUAGAAUAAGUAGUCAUCAACUUAGAAUUGAAACAGGUAGAUACGAAAAAGUCCCUCGCAAUGAAAGGAUAUGUUACUUUUGUACAAGUAACAAAAUUGAAGAUGAAAAUCAUUUCUUACUAGAUUGUAAGGCUUAUUCUCAGAUCAGAGACAUAUUUUUCUCCAAACUAGAAACUAAAAUACCUGACUUCAAAUCACUUUCACACGAUACUUUAAUAUCUCUUUUUAUGAAUUCUUCUGAUUAUUUAAUUAACUGUCAAUUAGUUUCAUUUAUCUCGCAAUGCUUUGAAUUAAGACCCAAAUUAAUAUCAAUGAAUGAAUGAAUGAGAACUGUAACGUUUUGUAAUGUUUUGCACGUACUAAUUAGUUGAAUUAGUACUUAAAUUUAGACUAAUAGCUUUUGCAACACUGUAAUUCCUCUAUGGUCAUGCAAAUAAAGCAUUUAGUGCUUUCGAUGGUUAGCAACAAUUUUUUAAACGCUCACAUACUAAAACUAGGCUAACUUAAAUUCCGUAAUUUCACUUUUUGUGUGUCCUUUCUUACAGUGAAAUGCAUUCACACGCGAUUGAGAGUCUUUAUUGGGGUAUGUUUGACAGUUUGGAGUUCCUUACCUACCUGUAAGUAUAAUUGUCUUUAACAUUCCUCCAGCGUUUUGUCUAUAUCGAUUUCUCACCUGCCAGCCAGUUUUCUGUCCCUUACAAGUUACUUCUUUACCGACUGGAUAUCAAUUCUUACGCCUUGAUUGAAAUUGUCAGGUACGUUAUUAUCUUUCUCGAUUUCAGUGACCUGAGGAACAACAAAAUACGUAACUUACCAUCUGGUCUAUUCAACAGGCUUAAGAAGUUAAAAGAACUGUAAGUACGAUUGCUGUGUUCAUAACCUUAUGAAAACACCCAUUUGUCUCCUACUUCAUACUUGAUGAUGGUCUUAUUUAUAAAUUGUGUGAUACACUCACUGAUAGGCGAAGAAGUUGAUUGCUUCCCCGAGCAAUUUCCUAGAACCUUUCUGCACUAAAGGCUAACAGCUACGACAUGUCUGAUGAGGACAUAGCGCUUUAAGGAGGGUUUUCUAUUCGUUUCUAAUAUGUCUGCCCCUUGAUAAUUAUUAGCCCAAGUUCGAUAGAUUAAAAUUUCAAGAUGACUCCGAGGGUUUAAGGACAAAUUGCAAAUUUUUCACGUCUCUAUUGUCUCGCAAUUCCCAUAAAAGACUUGAGCUCAAAGAAAACCAAACCAAGGAUAGAAACAUCACCGAAAGCCUAGAAGUCACAUAAGACUUUUAAUAAACUCGCGCACAGUUUCUUACAUCCACACGACUGACCAAUCUCUUUUAGGGUAUAACCUUUCAGCAGCUUGUUUUAGUGGUCGUGCCCGACGAAUUCCCCGGUUAUCAUUUUUCUCUUUCUCCCUUGCUCCAACCGGAAUAGGUUGGAGUCAUAUGAGAUGCGCAUGUGCGUUGCUGAUCAGUAUUCAACGUGAGUGACAAAGGAAAAAAGGAACAAAGGAGACGGGAGGGAGGGUACAAUAAGGGCAUGUGACUCCUUCGUUCCGGACUGAUGACAAGAUAGAAUGGUAAUCAAACUUCAACUUACAGGUAAGUCCCGUUAAAUGUUAUAAUUCUACCUUGUCAUCAGUCCACGUCACUACGGAGUCACACGAGAUUUCAAAGUCCUGUAGAACGAACUACCCUUCCAAUGUAAACAGUUUUAUUCGCAGAACGUGAUGAACAAAGACAACGCUGUGUCCUAAUUUAAAAAUACUGAGCCGAACUUUGCUUGAGCGGUGUCAACAGGUUUAUCAUAAAAUCUGGAGAAAGUACUCGAAUUAGACCAUCCAGCAUUUUUCAUAAUCUCUGCUAGGUUUAAACCUUUAGCCUUGCAACUGGAUGUGGAUGCUGCUUUGCUGCUAUGAGCCAAGUACUUCUUAAUGUAAAUACCAGCUGCCUCUAAUACUUGCUUAAUCCCCCUAGAAAUGGUAUGUUUUGAUACAGGUUUGAAUGGUUUGACAUAGCUUAACAGUAACUUCGAGUGUCCCUUACGCAACUGUUCUGUGCGAUGUAAAUAUUCCUUUAGAUGUUCAACCACAAAGAGUUUCUCAUCGUUUGGAUAAGCAAAUAAAUCAAUGGGUUCUAGAUGUCUUCCAGGUUUAGUCUGCUUCAGUUUAUCACAUAUAGUUAUUCAGUAUCUGCCGUCCAUUUGUUGAAUGUAGCUGACAUCCAUCUUGUGUAUGGUCUGUCCUCUCUGCCCAGUUGUGAGGCAGAGAAGCAUGGUCAGAUUUAAACUAAGUUCCUUAAAAGAUAAAGAGCUUACGGACUCGAAAGUUCUUAAAUAUUUUAAUACAAUAUUUACAUCGGUAUAUUUGGGCAAUGCUGGUUUCAACUCAAAAAUCCCUUUCAUGCAGCGGACUACUAGUGGGUGUUCUGCAAACUUGACUCCAUCCUUCAGGGUAAGGACAGAGGGAAACCAGAACGCGCAGUGUUUAUAGCACUAUACCCCAUCCCUGCUUUGAAUCAAGAAACAUUGAACUCAAUGCCAUUAGUUAUACCAGGCUCAAAAACAUCACUGUUCCUUUCUCUACAGUACUGUCGCCAUUUGGUAAGGUAAUUUUGGCAUUGCUCGGAGGUACCUUCCCUCUAUGAAGCCAUAAGCACGUCUUUUGCACAUAGUGACAAAUCAUACUGGUUCAAUCCCUCCCGGAUAAGAGACAAACGAGGAAGUUCAACUUGUGCCAGAUUGGAUGAGUUUCCCUCGGAUGGCUGGCCAACUGAAGUAGAUCUUUUCUUGCCUUGGGGUGUACUGGUUUUUCCCUGAGUAACUGAAAAACUACGGGGUACCACGCCUGUGUUAGCCAUUUUGGCAACACACAACCCCAAUUGCUCCCUCGCACUUUAGUUUGCUUAGCACUGUUGAAAUAACACUGAAAGGAGGGAAGGCAUAAAAAUUUAGGUUAGACCAAUCUAGGCUAAAAGCUCAAUGGCAAAGGCCUCUGGGUCAGGUCUAAAAUACACAUAUUUUGGAAAUUGAUGGUUAAUACGAGAGGCAAAUAAGUCAAUAUCUGGCGUGAAAUCUAGUGUCUCAAAGGCAUUACAAAGAGAUACUUUGUCAAGCUGCUACUCAGAUUCUCUUUGGUUUCUUCUGGAUUCAAAGUCUGCAAUUAGGUUAUUUUUCCCAGGGAUAAACGCUGCACUGAUCCAUAUCUGGCGAGCUAUGCACCACUCCCAAAUCUCCCUAACUACAGAAUUACAAGGAUGAGAGUGACUUGUUCCCAUGUGGUUAAUGACAUUCCCUGUCGUAGUGUUAUCACACAUUAUUCUCAUAUGUGUGUUGCUUUUUCCUUUAGCAAAGGUCUGGAGGCCUAAAAGAAUAGCUAACAUUUCCAAAUAGUUGACGUGAUGUUUCGACUCUGAAUGAGACCUGUGGAGACCCGUGCAGAUUCAACCCCCAACCCUUGAGGGAAGCAUCUGUUGUUACUUGAUGUUGGGGAUGUGGGUGGUUUAUCACAUUAUGCAGUUGCGAAAUUGUUGAUCCACUAUUGUAAUUCAGAUUUAGCAGGACUGGAUAGAGACAUCGAGGCAUCAAAAUUGCCCUUUUUCCUGUGAAGGGCUUGGGAUUUUACCAAUGACACUUGCAACUUGUCUUAUAGAUGGAGAUGGGCAUGCUAAUAACUCUGUGCAAACCCUUUGAAAACCAGCGGUUUUUCCCCUGGUAAGCUGUAUUGUCAUUGUUACUGAAUUUGAUACAAACCCCAGAAUUGAAUCGUGAGGACUUGGGUGGGUAUGAAAACAGACUGCUCAGGAUGUACAACCAACCCUAAUUUGUGAAGCAAUACAGUGGUGUCAACAAAAUUUCUGACACAUUUGUCAUAGGUUUGUCCUUGCAAGUAGAGGUCAUCAAGAUGUACGACAGCUAUGUGACCUUGCUUGUGCAAAGAGGAAAGUGGUUUUUAAGGAUUUUAGUAACAAUCUUCGGAGCACAUGACAAACCAUUGGGAAGGCAAGUGAACUCAUAUAAGGUGCUCUCCCAAAAAAGCGUAAAAAAUAGCGAUCUAAAGAUCUGAUGGGAAUGGAAUAAUAGGCAUCUUUUAGGUCAAUAGCAGCCAUAAAACAGUUUUUGGUUACAGGUUGUGUUAUGGUGGAAAGCGCGUCCAAUUUAAAAUAAUAGUGGCUGACUGCCUCAUAAACCUCUUCACACAGUAGCGACAAAGGUUCCUAACCGAAAUAGGGAAUAGUAACGUCUGAAGCAGGCGGCAAAACUAGAGGUAUUUCAGGGCUUGAGACUUGCGAGUGGCGAGAGUGGAGGAGGCAUAAGCGUUGGAAAUUGCCAAGGCAACGGCGUCGUCGAGAGAAUCGGCAAGAUCUAGGAGAGAAGGAGAAGGGGCCCAAUUAGACCACAUAUGGCAAAGGCGGUAUUCAGGGGAUAGAGAUUUUUGUAACACGAGAUAAGCAGUCGGCAAAGACGUUUGCGAGGCCAGUAAUAUGGCGAGAAGUCAGGCGAAAGUUGUAGAUGGCUGUUAACCAGAAUAUUUCACGUAACCAGUCCAUAGCAGCAGGGUUUUUGCACGAACCCUUAUUCAGGAAAGACGUGGCCUGUGUAUUAUCUGUGUGUAAACAAACGUGACAGUUCGCCAAUGCGGAGACCACCUACGGAUUGCUUGUAACGCCGCGUACAGUUCAAGGUAGUUUACGUUCGUUUUUAAGGGGGAACGGAAUUUCGUGACCAGUUGUGAACCCAAUUUUCGGACAUGCGAAGACUCGGGAGCACCGAGUUGUCGGAGGACCAGACGCCGGCAAGCCAAUGAGAGCACCAAAACCCGAAAGGGACGCAUCGGUGUAAGCAUGUUCAACAAUAGCCGAGCAGUAAAUAUUAAUAGCCUUGCCGUUAAACACACGACAAAAGUUUAGCCUGUUAAUAAAUAAUGCUAAAUAAGAGAAUCAGUGGACCUUCACGAGGAAGCAGGUAAAAAAAAACCAGCAGACGUUGGCAAAUUUGAGUCUUACCGAGGAAACUACGAGCAAAGAUGUAGUCGAAAUUGAGAAAUUUUUGCAGGUCGAGCAAAAAUCAAAAAACACUCAAUACAAGACUAAGAGCGAUUUAAACGCACGGAAGAAAUUUUGUGAGUCACUGAAAGAGUCGAGAGCAAUUGAAAACAUACCUGUUAAUGAGCUCGACCUUCUUUUGUCCAAAGUUUUCAUCUCCGUUCGUAAAAAAAAUGGCACUGAGUACGAGCCGAGUACAAAGACGCGUUUGCUGCAGCCAAACUCGAUGACACAUACAAGAAGAAGGUUUCUAAUCCCUCCGUUAGAAAGACCAGUGUUGGACGACUUCUCGAAGCAGACGUUCAGCCAAACUUCGUUGCACAGCUAAGCGAUCACAAAAAUUUGAAAAGCCUCGACAGCUACCAUUCAACAUCUCUGAAGCGACAGCGAGAAAUGUCUGCUAUCCUGAACCGUGAGCCAGGUACAUCCGCUUAGUCCGAAGAAAACCAAGUCGGUACCUCCACUACAACACAGCGAAAUGUCUUCACAGUCCAACAAAUCCAGCGAAAGGCAAUUUUUGCCGGAGCGCAUAUUGACAAGUUCGAAGGCUACACAUUUAACAUCAACGUUUUCUGUGGUGAUCAGUCGAAGAUCGCAAGGCUGAAUGAGAACUGAUCGUUGAGCGAUCGAGGCACAAACCGGCAUUACUUACAUUGCAGUUGCACUUUUGGUCACUUUUCAUAAAUUGUUGUUUCAACCAAAAGCUUUUUCAUUGAGCCUGUAUGAAAAAUUGUGGCCUUUCUGUAGAAAAUCUUCCUUGAGGACUUUAUUGUAGCGGUCAUGUUGGUUUGAACUGUGCUGUUUCCCUUUAUAGGGCCCUGUUUUAGAUGUGGAUGCAAUUUUGCUCGCCUUUUUAGCAUCUCGCAAUUGUAUUGCUAGGUCAUCCCCAAAAAGGUACUGGCUACUGAUGGGUGCUUCAGUAGAACAAAUGGCAGAUUAUUCUGCUUUCAGUGAUGGUUUUACUUCAAUCUCUUCGCAACUGGGCGAGUUGUGUGUUUACAUGCUCCAACAUUGCAAUGGCGUCAACUUAUUGUGCCAUGAUUUUGAUGUUGUCUCCAUAUCUCGGGAUUUACUUUUAUACCCUUUAUGUCAGAGCAGUUUCGACCAAACUUUUAAUUUUUUCGGGGGACAGUUUCUUGUCCCAUUGUUUUUGAGCAACAUCAGCCAACUCUUUCUGGAUUUCGUCACCGGUGGCGUCAUCCUCGUCGUAACUGCUGGCAAAAUCUUGAGGGAACUCUGUUUCCUUAGCGGGAGUUUCCCGCUCUUUUUGACCGAUGGCCGUUGAACGGUCAGUGAGCCUUUGAAUGCCGUUUUCGUCGUCCAGCUCGUCACCACUAGCGUGGAGAUUAAAUUGUCUUCUGUUUGGCUUUUCUAACGCUUUCGUUUGCCUGACUGGCGAGAGUUUCCUUCGGAGUAAGAGUCUGAAAAAAUCCGGGAGGUCGGAUGUGGGCUUUCGUUUUAUGCUCGGGGAGCGUUCGUCUGUGCCAGGAUCAUACAAUUUUGCUAACAUGCAAGCCAUUUUACCCAUGUUAUUGCUUAUAUUAUCCAGGGAUUUAGACAGGUCUUCGCCAUUAAAGACAUGAACCGAAUUUUCCUGACUAGGAGAGCUGUCCGCAGUGUCGGCACAAUGGGUCGUUGGCGUGAUAUCUUCAUCAGACAUGUUAGGAGGAAAACGACCAAACUGUGGAGAAAAAAACUGGGAAGUCACCAAAAACUGCAGGUUACCUUCCUUCCCUGGUAGUAUACUGUAAAAAUAAAGCGAUAAUGUUGAAGAUUACCCUUGAAAAAAGGCAGAAAUCGCUCACAAUAUUGUACUUUCCAGUGAAACGCAAAGCACACUGAUCAGCAACGGGCAUGCGCAUCUAAUGUGACUCCGAAGCGACCUAGACUGAUGACAAGGUAGAAUCCCUGCUAAAUUUUGUCACGCUGGGCCCACAGUAAAUCUUCACAUGGCUUCGCCGCGACUGAAAUCCUCGCUAAAGGAUAUCAAAAUUAUACAUGUAUUCCUCUUUCUGUAAACAGUUCAUCCCUACCAGUAAAACAAUAUGAUUAGACUUUUGUCUUCACAAAGUUCGCUUGCCCAAACUGAACCAUGAUAUCCUUCCUGUCUACCGAGGUCAGGGUGAAAUAACAGAUCGGCCCACUCUAUCGCUGUUUAGCCCAUGCAAACAGAAAUUAAUAAUAAUAGUAGGAGAAUUUUCAUUGAUAUGCUGCACCUCUAUGGCACACGCGCGCAAUACUAAGAUAUGGGUGAAAAUAAUUUCCGCGUAUGGGAAGAAGUGCAGCAUAACCGGGUUUUCGUCGCUGAGGGGAGGAGGGGGGGGGCAAAAAACGCAAGUAUAUAUGCCCUCUCGGGGCAUGAACGCAUAGAAAAGCGAUCUGAUAAGUGAUCCCGAUAUUGGCAAAACAUUUAAAUACCACGCUCAAUACGGCAGGGGUAAUGCAAGGGUCCCAGGAGGGAAAACGUGCUAAAUUAUGAGGCCCGCGUGCCCAUUUCGGAGCAAACAUAUCAAUGAAAAUAGUAGGAGAAUUUUCAUUGAUAUGCUGCACCUCUAUGGCACACGCGGGGAAUACUAAGAUAUGGGCGAAAAUAAUUUCUACCCGAGCGCCGAAUGCCGCCACUAAGCCAACAACCUUAGAAAAACCGUAAUAUUCCCCCCAAUCUCAGAAGCUCACCCUACGGGAACAGCUCUUGGAGACGUCAGUGCCGUGUGAUAUGGCCAAACACGCCGCACGAGAAAACAACCUGGCGGCAGGUACAAGAGUGUAAAGAAAUUUAUCUUCCCACAGACUUCUGCAGAGCCUUAGAAAUAUCGUCUUGUGGCUAAGCAUAUUUUCUUGAAAAGAAGCAAGUUUAACCUUCUUAUCUAGGGGCAUUAAAAACGUAGUGUGAGGAAAAUCUAUGAUAUACCACAGAAAAACCGACGUUUGCGUGGGAACAAGGGUCGACUUGCCAAAGCCAAAGAAAUAGCCGAGACCGAUGACGGAGACGCGAGCGGCAGUGUUCAUGUUCGCUUUUAUUUUUCACUGCCGCUCAUUUUCACCUUGCUGGCCGCUAGCAUUUCUCAUUUUCUCACCACCGCUUUGAAUUUCCAUGUUUUUCUUCCUACGAAUUUUCAAUAACUCGCUCUAGCUCUUNGGCCCGCGUGCCCAUUUCGGAGCAAACAUAUCAAUGAAAAUAGUAGGAGAAUUUUCAUUGAUAUGCUGCACCUCUAUGGCACACGCGGGGAAUACUAAGAUAUGGGCGAAAAUAAUUUCUACCCGAGCGCCGAAUGCCGCCACUAAGCCAACAACCUUAGAAAAACCGUAAUAUUCCCCCCAAUCUCAGAAGCUCACCCUACGGGAACAGCUCUUGGAGACGUCAGUGCCGUGUGAUAUGGCCAAACACGCCGCACGAGAAAACAACCUGGCGGCAGGUACAAGAGUGUAAAGAAAUUUAUCUUCCCACAGACUUCUGCAGAGCCUUAGAAAUAUCGUCUUGUGGCUAAGCAUAUUUUCUUGAAAAGAAGCAAGUUUAACCUUCUUAUCUAGGGGCAUUAAAAACGUAGUGUGAGGAAAAUCUAUGAUAUACCACAGAAAAACCGACGUUUGCGUGGGAACAAGGGUCGACUUGCCAAAGCCAAAGAAAUAGCCGAGACCGAUGACGGAGACGCGAGCGGCAGUGUUCAUGUUCGCUUUUAUUUUUCACUGCCGCUCAUUUUCACCUUGCUGGCCGCUAGCAUUUCUCAUUUUCUCACCACCGCUUUGAAUUUCCAUGUUUUUCUUCCUACGAAUUUUCAAUAACUCGCUCUAGCUCUUUCUCUGUUAUCCACGUUAGUGUACACAUAAAAAAUAACGCCGAAAAAGACACGACCUUUUUCUUUCUAAAAGUCCGGGCAGCCAGGUGAUUUCCUUCCAAAUAAAACCUUGAGUUGCAUUUGGGUUCCCAUACCUGUUGAUUGAGUUAUUUUACAUUGAUAUGCCUGUGGUUCGGACGGACGGUCGCUCGCUCGAUCGCUCGCUCAAAAUUUCUCAUGACUCCAGUGUCUCGCAAUUCCCAUAAAAGACUUGAGCUCAAAGAAAACCAGACCAAAUAUAGAAAUAUGACCAGAAAGCCUCGAAGUCACUUUAGAAUUUUAAUAUAUCGAGCAUGGGCUAAAGCAAACUCGCGCACGGUUUCUUACAAAUUGCUGAAUAAUCGGCUUUUGAGUAUAACCUUCCAGCAGCUUGCUUUAGUGGUCUUACCCGACGAAUUCCCCAAAUACCAUUUUUCUCUCUCCCCCUUGCUCAGAGAGCGGAAUUGCUUGGAUAUAGUACCUCUUAUCCACUGCUUCUUUCCUUGCAUCCUUCCAUUGUGGCACGAUAUAUGCUCUUCGGAUUAAGCCAAAAGAGUUUUGUCGCGUACCUAGCUUGUGUCUUUGCCUACUUCUGUUACUUUCCUUAUCCUGUCUAAGUGCCUGUUUACAUAAAGGUGGGGGACUCCAGUUAGGUGAGGUAGCUGGGAUUGGGGCUAACCAUCAUGGUGGGAAGACGCUAUUUUUAAGCUCGUCAAACAACGAUGGCGAUAGUGGUGUUGUGAAGUAAUAGAAAUGGGUCUGGUUAUGUUCUUUGGCAAGAGAACUAGAAGUUUGUCUUAUGAUUCGUCAAACCGCAUUCCCACGACUUAAAGUAUGCCAAAUGCGAAGGAGAAGACGCGCCCACGUGGGUGUAGUUCUUCGGUUACAGAUGAAGGCUCGAAGAUUCUAACCGACGUGGGCGCUUCUUCUCCUUCGCAUUUGGCAUACUUGAGGUCGUAGUUUUUUGUAUUUUAAUAAACUUGAAUUUCAUUUUUAAAUAAUUUCGUGUAGUCCAAUGUUUUGCACAGUAAACACCAAAAACUGCAAAAAAAUUUAAAACUAGACAACGAUACAUCACACACACUGGUGACAUUGCUAAUACACACACCCCAGAACAUUUUUCCUUUAUUUACAUAUAAAACAAUAUAAUGUAGAUAUGCGGCGACAGAAUCGUGUUCUCAUAUGAUCUGUAUUGCCCCAUUGCAUAUUGUGGGUCAUAAACUUAUCGUCUGAUUUAGCAAUCAUUGUCACAAUUAGGGUCUACAACAUACCCUUACUUGUGCUAAUUCUGUUGCUUGCAGUGGGCGUAAGCGUGUUUUCCGAACUCUUACUUAUAUACCAUUUUUUGCAACUUUCCUGAGGUCCCUUAAUAAUGUACAUUUUCUAAUUCUUCAGAGAUUUUUCUGGCAACGUGAUUAAAGAGCUUCACAAUGAGACAUUCAUGAAUUUGCGGUCCCUCUUACGACUGUAAGUAUUAUAUUGGCUUCCUUAGCUUCCAAUGAUUUGGAAUUUUCUUCACAGUAUUUACCUCUGUAAGACUAGCUAGGAAGGGUAUUUAUUUAUCAUUAUUAUUUUUUCUGCUUCUUUCUUUCUUAAGUAUAGUUAAGGUGUAUAGUUAUUGUAGAAGAGUUGAUGUGUUUAAAUUGCUGGUAAAACAAUUUUUGUUAUAAACAUCCCCAUUCAAUAAAAUAUUAAAAAGAAAAGGUAUGUGAGGUAGCCCGCCUGUCAAUAAAAUCUCUCAUUUUAAUCGGAUCAUUUUUCUUUUUCAGAGUUUGUUUCAUGCGCUCUUUUAAUUACAUGGUUUAGAAACUUCCUGUUAUUCUUUGAACCCAAUUUCAUUAAUUUGCCCAUCAGCAAGUAACGGGGUCUAUGUUUUUACUAGUCAGUUGUUUUUAAUCGGCCUUUAGUGAUUUUUAUAUUGCUUAUUUUGGUUUGUUGUUUUUUAAAAGGAAUUUAGGCUCUAAUAGACUGCAGCGUUUACCAAAAGACAUUUUCAAAAAUCUGAGUACUUUGCAGGAACUGUAA